AUGAGCUUCACUCUGAGCUUCACUCUGAGCUUCACUCUGAGCUUCACUCUGAGCUUCACUCUGAGCUUCACUCUGAGCUUCACUCUGAGCUUCACUCUGAGCUUCACUCUGAGCUUCACUCUGAGCUUCACUCUGAGCUUCACUCUGAGCUUCACUCUGAGCUUCACUCUGAGCUUCACUCUGAGCUGCAGCAGAUCUGACUCACUGGUUCGGGCUAACAGGAAGUUGACGCUUCCUCUUUAG